ACGAAUGUCAUGUUCGAAAAUUAUGAAAAAAAAUUCUAAUCAUUAAUAUUUAGAAGUUUCGACAUAUAAUUAAAAAAAACCAUUGAUUUAAUUUAUUAAAAAAUUAUGUAAUAGAUAAGUUUACAUACUUUAAAUACUAUUGCCACCUAAGAUGGGUGCUUUAGUUUCAAGAGCAUUACGGCCUAUAAAGUCAUUCAAUAUUGAAAAUAGGGCUCACCGGGUGAUAUCAAAAGAAAAACCUCAAGUUGCACCAAGUUACCCUUCUACAGUCGAAGAUUUACAAAGAGUACAAGAAGCUAUACCAGAUAUUGAUAAGAAAUUAGACUCAAAAGAUUCGCAUCUCGACGAAAGACUGAAAAAUGUUUAUGUAACCUCUACGGGUACACCCGAAGAUGACAUUACACGGAAGAAGCAAGAUGAAAACCCUAAUCGACCUCUACCUCAAGAUAGAAAUGCUUUAGAAGAUUUUGAUUUUGGUUUUAAAGAACCAGAGAGAGUACCCUAUGGACGUACUACGUUACGUCAAGCAAUAGAAUACAUCACUUCAUAUCAAAUGAAUCCUGAAGAGGCAACAGCAGCUAAAAUAGCGUAUGAAUAUAAACUUAGAGAAUCAGAUGUUGAAAACAUUCUUAAAUAUUUUAAAACAUAUGAAGUGUAUGUUCCUGAGACUAAAGAUAGUAAAGCAGUGAUUGCUGGGCCAACAACUAAUAGGCGGAAAUUAAUGGAACAGUCAGUUGGAAAAAUUGAAGCAAAACAAGAUUCAAAAGAUGAGCAAAAUGUGAAAAGUGCUUCAUAAGACACUGCUUAAUUGCAUCAUAGUUUUUAUACAAUUUAGGGUCUUUAAAGAAAAGAGCGUACAAAUUCUUAAAAGGCCGGUAACACACUUGCAAGCCCUCUAGCAUAGACAGUGUCCAUGGGUGGCAGUAUCACUUAACAUCUGGUGAGCCUCCUGCCCAUUUGCCUCGUUCUAUAUAUAAAAAAAAAGUUUUUUUAAUGUUUAAGCUACAUCUCACACUUUUAGCCAGUUCUUUAUAUUCUGAAAUUUGAUAACAGGUGGGUUAACAAUAUUUACUGUUUAUUUUCUAGUACAAAGCUAAUAUUUAAUUUAGGUACCUUAGAAUUCUGGCACAAUGUUGUUAUAUUAGAACAUUAUUGAAUUUUUAGUUGAUAAUAUGUUAGGUUAUUGAUAUGUGAUGUAGAAUAGUUAGAUGAGUUAAUAAAGAAUAUUUUAUUGUUAA